AUGACAUCUCAGGCACCGACUCCAGCGUCUGUUUACUUGAAUACAGUGUGCCCUGGUAUCCACCACUUGGAUUAUAAUUCCUUCUACCUGACGCGAAACAAGCAACAUGGUGACGAUUAUGCAGUCGAUUGGCCGUUUGCCGACGAAGAUUCUCAGCAAGGUGGAGCACCCAUGACUUCUGGUAAAACUGCAAACCUAACUCCUUCAUACUUGAACAUUGCGCGCCCUCCAUUGAAUUCGACUGUCGAAUCCACCACAUAUUUGUCAUUACCACACCAUGUAACUUCAUCAUUUCGGCAGCUAUUAGAUGCUAAAGGCGGCCAUCUGGAUGCUGGAUUGCAAAUUGGGGCUAAUGUUAACAGUUUGGCCCACGACGCAUUCAGACUCGUUCACUUGAACCCUGGUUGUUUAACGACAAUUAUCAAUAAUCUGUGCUCGAUAUCUCUGCCCAACGACUAUUCGGAAGCUACCGAGUUCAAUACGAGUGCCAAUUCUAACAAAAAUCCAUUUCACAAGCUCACGAACAACUUUUCCAAAAUCCUCAAAGUCACCUCAACAUCAUUGAAUUUAAGCACAGAACGUACAGACUUAUUGAACCUAAACUCGCCAAAUAAUUUUGUUCACAAGAUACUAGACUACGAUCCCUCAACGUACUCCGAACAGAUACUGUCGCCAAGUAUAAAGAAGUUUUUGGUAUCAGUAAACAUCAAUGUGCUCAAUGUCAUUGGAAUAGAUGCGAAUGGUAAUUAUGUCAAUGUUGAAGAUGUUCAAGAUCGUUCUUGGCUCACAAUAGAAGAUAGAAGUGAAUCACACGAUAAAACACCUCCAGAGCCGGUCAACAAAACCAUAGAUCGUCCAUUAUUACGCCUUCAGCUCAACCCACAUUCGGUUGUCACCAGUCUCAAAGCAGUAAGUAUGCAUGGCAGACAUGUCGUCGUUCUUGGCUUGGAUAACGGGACGGUAGCAUAUAUUGAUUUGACGGAUUUGCGGUAUGUCACUUUUUCAGAAUUCGAACCGUCUGCUGGGCCUGACAAUGCUUCUGUUUCUUCAACUUUUACCCAUACUGGCGCCGAAGUAGCGAUAACGAGUUUGGAUAUUAUGAGUCACCCACGUUAUCCAUUUCUCGUUCUUGCGGGCCUAGCCAACGGAGAAGUGGUCAUAAUAGACCCUCAUUGCAGUAUAGAAGACCGCAAACAAAAAUACACCAAAGAGGUGGUUGGUCAAGAUCAUUUUGCAACCUAUUUCAAAAAGUUUGAUUUGAGUCUCACGGGUUCACCUCACACGCCCAACCAUACGGGCUAUAUUGUCGGCCAUUUUAAAAUCAGCCAUAAACCUAUUACUUGUAUCAAAACUACCUUGCCUUACGGACUUGACUAUGAAUCACUAGGUCCCAUGAUCAUGGCCAUUGGCUCAGAUGAUGGUCUUGUAAAGUUUCUAGAUUUGAACUUUACUUACGAACAUAAUUACGGUGAGAGUAAUGACCCCACCAAAAACACCUUGGUAACAGACGUAAUCUCCAACUAUUUCAACGAGGGAAUUUCUUCCAUUGAUUUUUCUCCUGAUGGUAAGUUUGUGUGCAUUGCAGGUACAGGUGAUUUAGUAGAGGUUUUCAAAAUGUGCUACUACAAUGUCAAUGGAUUGAUCGCGCGACAGGGAGAUAGAAGGUCACCUUCGCCGCUGCCAAUAUACGGUGGAAAGCGCUCGAGAAGUGGCACACUCAACAGUACAAGUUCUGCCAAUCAUAACUGGCUCAGCCCUUCGGCCACUUCGGUGGAUUUACAUCCCUAUGAACUGGAUAUGCCCCAGUACCCACCAAUUUUGAAAGACAUCAAGAUCACAGUUCGAUUUAAAGGGCAUGUGAACAAGAUACAUAGGGUGUCAUUUGUGCCAUGUAAGAACUCCACCACCUAUAAAUUGAUAAGUUGCGGAUUUGAUGGGAUGGUGAUCAUUUGGGAGUUUGAUUAUCGAGCCCUUCCCAAAGUCAAGCGGCCACGGAGCGCACCAGUAAAGAAAACUCAAUCAUCUGGCAUGACUGAGCCUUCUACAAAAGCACCAGCUCCAGCCAAGAGCAAUGUGUCUCCCAGGCUUCCCUCUGGUGUGAUUCAUUCGCUCCACACUCGGUCGCGAUCCGGUGCCGACGAAGCCUUAACAUCGACGCUCAGCAUCAAUUCGACCACGUUCAACAAUUUGAACAACUCGCUCAACAACAUGAACAAUGGUCCGUUGAACAAUAUCAAAAGUGUUCUCGGGUCGUCAAACAAGCCAGAAACGAAAACUGUGAAAAAUCAAGACGAACAAGUGAAGAUUGUCAAUGCACUCUACCGGUCGCUCUUUGAUCUUCGAUUGCGCAAGUACAAUGCGAGAUACGGUGUAAAACGCAAGAGCAUCUUGCACGCGAUUAUCAACGACAAGUUUGUGCCGUUUGUGGAGAUCUCGCUCUUGAAAUUGGACAUGUCCAGGUGGUUUAGUGACGGCAAGGUUGAAGGCACCCAUUUUGACCUCGAUAAUUUCUGGGUAUUCGGCAAGAAUGGAGACAUCCUACGGUAUUCGCCAAGUACUUAG